AUGGUCUGCGGCAGCCCGGGAGGGAUGCUGCUGCUGCGGGCCGGGCUGCUCGCCCUGGCUGCGCUCUGCCUGCUCCGCGUGCCCGGAGCGCGGGCGGCAGCCUGUGAGCCCGUCCGCAUCCCCCUGUGCAAGUCCCUGCCCUGGAACAUGACCAAGAUGCCCAACCACCUGCACCACAGCACCCAGGCCAACGCCAUCCUGGCCAUCGAGCAGUUCGAAGGUCUGCUGGGCACCCAUUGCAGCCCGGAUCUGCUCUUCUUCCUCUGCGCCAUGUACGCGCCCAUCUGCACCAUUGACUUCCAGCACGAGCCCAUCAAGCCCUGCAAGUCUGUGUGCGAGCGGGCCCGGCAGGGCUGUGAGCCCAUCCUCAUCAAGUACCGCCACUCGUGGCCGGAAAGCCUGGCCUGUGAGGAGCUGCCGGUUUAUGACCGCGGCGUGUGCAUCUCUCCCGAGGCCAUCGUCACUGCAGACGGAGCCGAUUUUCCUAUGGAUUCUAGUAAUGGAAACUGUAGAGGGGCAAGCAGUGAACGCUGCAAAUGUAAACCUAUCAGAGCUACACAGAAGACCUAUUUCCGAAACAAUUACAACUAUGUCAUUCGGGCUAAAGUUAAAGAAGUAAAGAUCAAGUGCCAUGAUGUGACUGCAGUAGUGGAGGUGAAGGAGAUUUUAAAGGCUUCUCUGGUAAACAUUCCAAGGGACACUGUUAACCUUUACACCAGCUCUGGUUGCCUGUGUCCUCCACUUAACGUCAAUGAAGAGUAUCUCAUCAUGGGCUAUGAAGAUGAGGAACGCUCCAGAUUACUGUUGGUGGAAGGUUCUAUUGCUGAGAAAUGGAAGGAUCGACUUGGUAAAAAAGUUAAGCGCUGGGAUAUGAAGCUCCGUCAUCUUGGGCUGAAUAAAAGUGAUUCUAGCCAUAGUGAUUCCACUCAGAGCCAGAAGUCUGGUAGGAACUCUAACCCCCGGCAAGCACGCAACUAA